AUGUCUCGUCCCCAGGUUUACCUAAAGUGGAAGCACUGUGAGACCCCCAGUGUGAGGACGUUGUGCAACCUGACCAAGCUCCUGAACAGACUCCAGAAAGAGCACAAGGAAGACGUCCAUCUCUACACGGCAGGGCACCUGAGCCCCAGCCAGCUCUACCGGCCACCCGAGGCUAUCCUGUGUCACGGGCACAGUGCCAACAGGCCAAGAUGGAAAGCAGCAUCCCACAGAGUGGCCACCAGGGUGGGAAAGCCACCUGACGCGACCGCAAAGCUGCAAGACGCCUUGGCUUAUUUCACCAUCAACACGGCCCUGCUUCCCGAGGACGGCCAGGGAACCCGGCUGUUCAGGUUUCUCAAUCCGAAGACGCCUACAGCCUUUGAGUCCAAGCAGGAUUUCAUCCCAAAGAAGCCUCUGCAAAAAGAGGACGAGGAAGGCGGGGAGGGGUCUCCUGAGACCCGCAGGAGGGAAGAGCUCCGGCUGCCCGAGAUGAAGGUGCUGAAGUACAGACCGGUGGCCUCCAGCCGCCAGUGUGCAGUGUCUCCCCCAGGCAAGGACUCGUACCAGUACCUCAGCUCCUACUUAGGUGGGAUAACAAAAGCUGAUAGCUACAGAAAGUUCCUGAGUUUCCAGAAAGAAGUCCUGAGAAAGCAAGAUCUCCUGAACAGUAAUUUCUCUGUGAGCAAGGUGUCGAAAAGCCACGAAAAGAAGUUGGAAAAGGCACUUCAGAAAAUAUGCACGUGCCACCCUCAGCAGUUAAACAGGCUGCAGGUCUUCGGAGAGAUCUUCAAAGACAUCUGUGACAGCUCUUUGAUAUUUGGUGACCUCUUGAAAGAAGUCAAGGCUCUGCUGGCGGACGCCCAAGGGCUGGAGAAGAGCCCUGUGCACACUGCUGAUGUUGACCGAGCCAGGGAGGAGCUGAGGAAACUCACAAAGGACAUCAAGGAGGCCCUGGAGCACAAUGACAAGGGUGUGGGGUCUCCAGAUUGCUCCCUCCAGCUCGCAGAGCAUGUGGGGCUGUCUCCCAUUGAUGGACUUCACGUGCUGGCCAUGAGCACCGAAGAGGUGGAAAGGUGUGGGAGAAGCAAAACCUGCAUCCUCGGUCAUCCUCUCGGUGUCUUCUGGGAAGAGGACGACUCCUCUGGGAGCCCCUCGUCGCCACCUUCAGGGUGGCUCUGGCGGUUCCCCUUUCACAUUCACGGCACCAGCAGCUCCAAACUCCUCCAGUGUUGCCUCGUGUCCCUGUGCUGCCAGGAAAGAAUUGGUCUUGGAGCAACACUCCUCAAACAGGGUGGAGUUCCUUCUCCCUCAGCUCAGGUCUGUGACUGGCAGAGGACAACUGAGCAGGAUGCAGGAAAUCUUCAGACAGCCUGCGUGAAGCACAGCUGGCAUGACCAGUGCAGCAGUCCCCAGACUCAGGGUAGGAAUCUGGUGACCUUGGAUCGCCUGACUGCCUGCUACUCCAUCUUCCUUGCAGGAACCGUGAUGGAAGCCUGUGUGGGAGACCUGCCCUUCAUGUUGGAAUCCAAGAAGGGUGUCUCCAGUCCCCCCAGCAGCGGGAGCUGCCCUGGGCAGGCCCACAAUUGGCUCUUAGCUAGAACACCUGUGAUUUAG